AUGGAGGCUGGGCAUGUUCAGAAGGAUGUGGUGACCCUGAACACCUGCCUCAGUGCCAUGGUAGCUGCUGCCAAGUGGCAGCGGGCAUUGACACUUUUGCAGGGCAUGGUUUGCAGCAACCUGGCGGAUGUUGUGUCCUUCACGGAGGGUUUGGCAGCAUGCGGGGCCGUUUCCAGGUGGCUGCAGGCGGUAGCUCUGUUGCGCGAAGCAGAUGAAGUGGCAGUGGCACAUGACUCCCACAGCUACAACUCUGCAAUCUCGGCAUGCGACGGCGCCGCAUGCUGGACAACAGCAUUGCUUCUUGCUGAAGACAUGCGUCGGAGGCAGGUACAGCAAACUCUGGUCAGUAUGAAUUCGUGCAUCAGCGCUGCCAGCAAUGCAGCAGUGUGGGUGAUGGCCGCAUCCCUGUUUGAGAAUCUGCAGAACAUGCACCUUGUGGCCGAUGGCAUUACAUAUGGGUCCAUGAUCAACGCCUUUCAGAAAGCGGCACGCUGGCAGGACGCGCUGCAUGUCAUGGCAAUGUGGCAGGGACGCGGGUCCCAGUGGACCCAAGCAAGGAUGAAAAUGUCAAAUUGCCUGCGGCAUGGACAUAAGUUAUGA